AUGCUCGCCCUCGCUCUUCUCGCGACGCCCUCAACCGCCGCCUCUCGCCCCCGUCCGCGGCGCGGGGGGGCACUCAUCGACACGCGCAACCGCACCGACUUCAGCACCAAGCUCGAGACCGACGCGCCGACGCUCGCCCUCGCGGCGUCUGCCUCGCGCAAACCCAACGAGGCCGCGGAGCUCCUGCUCCACCAAGACGUCCUCGGGGGUGGGGGGGCGCUGUUCGGUGCCCGUCCGGACGUCGCCACCUUCCAUCCAACCUUCUCCAUCCCGGCCUAUCUCUCCAAGUUCAGCGGCGCCGCCUCGCGCGCCGCCGCCCCGACCACCCUAAAGCCCAUCGGCGCCGCGGCCGACGCCGAGCUCGCCUCCUUUGGCGAGACCACCGGCGCGGCCAUCGUUGGCGACGGCUCGCUCGCCGACUCCACCGUCAACUCCGUCGGUGUUACGUGCGGCGGCGGCGGCGCCCCUGUGUGGUGCGCGGAGCCGCCGCUGCCGCUCGCCGAGCUCUGCGUCUCUGAGGAUCCGAUCGAGGCCUCGGGCUACACGAGCAACGUGACGGACUGCACGACCGCCACGGCCCACUCCAAGAUCGCGGCCGAAGUGACGGACACAAAGAACAAGCCUGUCCCGGGCUCCACGACGGACGAGGCGGAUUGCACGACUGCCACGGCCCACUCCAAGAUCGAGGCCGAAGUGACGGACACAAAGGUCAAGAAGAAGAAGAUCAGCACCGUCCUCUCCUCCACCUACUCCGCGCGGCUGCCGGACAAGUACACGGGCUGGACGGACAACUUGGCCAACGUGAUCUCCGUCGACUGGUCUGGCUUUUUCCUGCCGGAGCAGUGCCUCGGCUACGCUCUGCGGCUCCUCGCCAUCGCCCUCUCCCCCGUCGCCCUCAUCGCCUUGCUCAUGAUCGCGGGGAUAAGUCUGCGGCUCUACCGCUGGAGCGCCGCCCCGGCGCCGCGCGAGAGGCCGUGGUACGCGGAGGCGGCCCUCGGCCUCCUCGACCUCACGCCGGCGGGCCUGGCCUACACCAUCUCUCCGCCCGGCGAGGAGCUAGAGCAGGUCUCCUACAUGCGGCAGGACGCGAGCGUCGAGUGCGGCUCCGACGAUCACGGACCCAUCACCGCCCUCGCCACCGGCUUCAUCGUCCUCUGGCCCGCCGGCUCGCUGGUCCUCUUCACGUCGCUCCUCGCCGCUUGCUACAAGCCGCUGCAGGCCAAGACGCCGAAUGCUCUGACGCGGGCCACCGCCUUCCUUCACCGGGAGUACGAGACGACCUGGUACUGGUGGGAGGCGGUCGAGCUGGCGCGCAAGCUCGUGCUGACUGGCUUCGUGCUUCUAAUACCGGAGGAGCGCGCCUUUGUUCGCCUCGUGGUGGCGACGCUCAUCUGCUCAUGCUACGCCGUCGCACUCGCCGUCGUGCGGCCGUACAAGCGGGUCGAGGACAACGUGCUCGCCGUCGCCACGAGCCUCGUGCUCCUCCUCCUCUUCCUCGGCACCAACUGGAGCACCAUCUUCCUCGGCAUCCAGGAGCGGUACCAGGGAGCAGAUCCCGCCGAUGUCCUCGGCUUCCGCAGCCUCAAUGUGAUUGUCGACUCGAUGAUCAUCCUCGUUGCAGUCGUGCUCGCCUUCUUCCUCGUCGGCGCCAUCGUCGCCGCCCGUCGCGUCGCCAAGAUCCCCACGAUCCGACUCGUCUCGACCAAGCAGCCCCCCGAGCUGAGCAUCGUGAGGGGCCUCACGUGGCACCUCUUCAACAGCCACAUCUGGUCGACCGGUCAAGACGCCGUCAAGGUCAUCAAGGGUGAGCUCGAGCAGCUGCUGCCGGACAUCAAAGUCUUUCUCGACGUAGAUGAUCUCAAGGAUAUCGGGGCGCUGGAGGAGUACAUCCAGAGCUCGCAGGUCAUCCUCUUCUUCCUCUCGCAGGGCUACUUCCGCUCCAAGAACUGCCUCCGAGAGGUCCGCUCGUCGCUCGAGAAGGACAAGCCGCUCGUCCUCGUCCAAGAAGCGGACCCUGAAAAGGGCGGCGGGACGCUCCAGGCGCUGCGCGACGAGUGCCCCGAGGACCUGCAGCCGGCCAUCUUUGACAACGACUGGCCGCUCACGAUUUGGUAUCGCAUCGAUGAGUUUCAGCUCAUCUCGCUCAAGAUCAUCGCCGAGGCGCCGCCGGCCACAGCCAGCUCCGCGGUGCUCCUCUGCUCGCCCAACUUUCUGGACAGGACCUCCCUUCCGCUCUGCGUGUCGGGUGAGCUCGAGAGCCAGUCGCUCGCCUUUUCCAAACCGUGCACGCUCUGGGCCUCGCCAGCCAACGCGGGGUCGCUGGCGCUGGCCGAUGAGAUCGCCGCCGCCUUUGCCCCAGAUCGUGAGACCGCCGGUCUCACGAUCUGCGCCACCGGCGUGUGCAACUGCGGCUCAACCCGCCGCUCUCGCCGCCGUCGCAAGCUCCUCUUCAGCAAGAUCCCGGCUUCUGCGCCGUGCUUCUGCGCAUACCCGUAG